AUGUCGGCUCUUGUCUAUGACUCCCCCGACCGAGCCGUCACGGCCAUCGAGCCUUUGACAGGAAGCGACAAUUACGCUACCUGGAAGCGUCUCAUGACUUCCUACCUAAAAGCCAGGCAGCGAGCCAUCGAAGCCCGCCUCGAAGUGGAGGUCCAAGCCUUCGAGCGCCACCGUGAAUGGUCGCGUCGUGAGGCUGAGGCCUACCACACUAUUUUCCGGUACCUAUCUCCGUAUAUCAGUGUGCACGUCGCGGGACUCGAGACGUCCCACGACCUGUGGAAUGAACUGGAAGAACGGUACCGGCGCAUAGAGCUGGCCACGUUCUGCGAGCUAUUCGCCCAGCUUCGUGAGACCACAGCCGCCCGGUGCGCCAGCACCCGCGAGUUUGUCGAUCGAGUGCGGCUACUAGUAUACCGCCUGAAUGCCAUUGCGCCAGGAUCGAUCGGCGAUCGAGUACACAUCGCCAUCCUGUUAACGUAG